GUUUCCUGGAGAUCCUAGUGUAAACUUUUGCGCUGAUUGCUACUUGCAGUUUCUCCCCUGUGACAUAACUGUCUGUCUUUUCGGUGGAUUUUACUUGAUUCCUUACUUUAGCCCUGAACCUCUCAAAGCUUUGGACAUCUCUCUCUCCACCAGGAGCAGCUCUAACUGAGUUGAAAUCCAACCAUGCAAACACAGAGGAUAUGGAUCAUGUUCGUUUGUCUUUACUGUCAUGUCUUUUCGGGGCAAUGCUUCAAGUAUUUGUCUGGCAUGACGGGGAAAUUGGAAACUUUGCCUGAGAGACAUGAAUUAGGCACAGCGCAUGUUCGUCAACCUCGAGCAGCUUUGCCAGAUCCAAACGGCUCGAGGACAUCUCUCCCUGCAGGUAAGAUUUUAUUGAUGUCUUUUAAAUACUGUCCAUUUUUUUUUCAAAUAAUUGAGGUGUUAAUUACUUGGAUUUCAUGGGUUUUAAAGCUGCAGUAAGGAAAUUAUGGUAGGUGUCAAAUUUGGCGCCCUCUGUGGGCAAAGAUAGGUCAUAUUUUAUGAUUAAAAACUGCUUCCUACCUUCUUUUUAAACUCAAAUAUGUCAUAAACUGUGGACAUUUGCAAUCAAACAUGUAAAGACAGGUAGUUUCUUUAAUGUGCUGUCAGUGUCUGGUCUGACCCGUCUCCUCGUAGCUGUUUAAGGCAUGAAACAGUCUGAUUUUAAGAUAAUGGUCUUGUUUGCUUUUGUAGGUUAUCAAGAGGCCCCAAUAUUUAAUUUCACUCUUACAACUAAUUGGAAAUUCCUCACAGGAGCUUUAAGUUAUUUGUAAAAAAAACAGCUUGUUUAUGUAACUUGAGAGUUUUGAGGAACAGGAGCUCCCAACUGGAACUUACUAGAUACUCAUUUUUGUCUGCCCACCACUGGAACUGUCUUUAAACAAAACAUGGGAACUUUUUCUUACCCACAAUUCCCCAGUUUUACAAACUGACUCAAUCUGAUCUUUGCAGGAUUUUAAAACACUGAGAAUAACUGGUACCUUUUUGUCCCUUUAAAAUAAGAUCCUUGGAUUCAAAGGUUUGGGUGCUUCUGGUGUAAACAUGCCCUCUAAAGUCUUUUUCUUCUAUCUGAUUUUUUAUGAAGAGGGUAAGAACGAAUGGCUCCACAUGGAAGUCAAAGCGGCGAGAGAGAACCGAGGAGUCGAUCGGAGGAAAGAAGAGGCUGAGAGAAGAAAAAGAGGCACCUGGGGGAAGAGGAAACAUGCAGAAACAGUGGAGGCCAACGCAUACAGAAUAGUAGGAUGCCUGUUUUUUUUAAUUAUUUUUUUUAUUUUUACAAAUGUCAUGGUACAGCCUGAAACUGUGCUGGUCUCCUGCCCCUUGCAGGCUGGGUUGGGGCGACCCUUGAUGGGCUGGAAGAGACGAGGGAGAGCGGAGCAGGAAACCGGCACUCUGAUCUCUGUGCUGAAGGAGCUUCAUGAUGAAAAACGGCGGCUGAUGGAUGACGGGAAAGCAAAAGAGGUAGAAGAUGAUGAUGACGAUGAUGAGGAGGAGGAGGAUGAUGAUGAUGAUGACGAUGAUGAUGAUGAUGAUGAUGAUGAUGAAGAAGAAGAAGAGGAGGAGGAGGAGGAGGAGGAAGAGGUUUGCAUUUGAAUUUGUAUUUUUCUCAAAGCUCAUGUAAAAGGAUGUCUGUGAUUUUACUGUUUCCAACUUUUCAUUCCAGGAAGAGGAAGAGGAGGAAGAAGAGGAAGAAGAGGAGGAAGAAGAAGAGGAGGAGGAAGAAGAGGAGCCAACUGAGGCUCCUGGUAAUCAAACAGAAACGUACUCCAUCCCUACUCCGACUCGGUACUCUACAGAGUCUCCUCUCACAGAAUGUCAGACCACAAACAGAGAAAUCAACUGCAGGAGCAGGGGCUUGACUCACUUACCAAUCAUCCACAACAAGGAGGCCACCAAGCUGGAUGUCGCAGGUGUGUUUGUGUGUGUAUCUGUGAGCAAAUGUGUUGUUAAAUAACCUUGCAUCUAAUUUACAGAUAUAUUUAUUCAUGCUUUGCAAUUUCUGUUUAAAGAGAACAACAUCAGAGUCAUUACUCCACAAGCUUUCUCUGCUCUACCGAUCCUGGACACUCUAGACCUCAGCAAAAACCAACUGGAUGAUGAAUCAUUCAGCCAAAACCCCUUGUCUGUGAGUAACAACACUCUGUGAGCACAUUAUCAAUUUAAAAACAAUCAGCCAGCAACCAAACCAGAGUCAACUUUUCAUAAUCAGUUUCACUAAUCUAGUCUCAAACCUGCAGGUCUAAACUCGGGGAACCAGUCCAGCCAGCUUUACUUGCAGGCAACAGUCCUUACUUCGCCAUCACUAUCGUCAUUGUUUUUUUUUGCCAUUGUUUCUCGAUGUGUGUCUUUGAUUUUUAACUUUACUCUUGAUACUUGCUGACUGUCUGUGUAUAUUUUUCAAGACCAAAUGUAAUGAUGAGGUGAAGUGGAGAUAAUGGUAAAAACAGAUAAAAACACUUAAAGAAAAGCAAAACCUUCAUGGUACAAGAUUAUUGAAUUAAGUAUUGUGAGGAAACUAGACAGCAUCCCCCUCACUGAGGUAUAAGAAAUCACACACAGAUGCAUAUUGACUUAUAAAAUCAACUUCAGCUAACACAGGAAUGUGUUUUUUUGUUUAUGAUCUCAUUUAUGUAACCUCUUACUAAUAUCCGAGUGCACACAUGAAGAUGCAGCCACAGGACUCCAGCAGCCAUGUAAGGCUGAGUUAAGGGGUUCAGAGGAGAGGGAGGAGAGGGAGGAGAGGAGUUAGAGGUGAUAUUUUGGUAGGUUUGGCUUGUUUAGGUUUUUCUCAGUCUAUUAGAUGUUUGUCGUCAGCUGUAUUAGAAUAUCAGUCCAUUAAAUUGUGUUGUUACUUGUGUAUAUUUUUCAUUGUAAAUAUGUUUUAAAGGCCUUUAUGAUUUCACUGGCGAGGGAGGAGACUUGAGAGUAGAGAAGCUAGGUGAGAAUAGGGCAGUGAGUGUGUGAGAGGGUGGAGAGGCAGGUUGUGUCUCUUCUGCUGGCCUGCUGCUGCAAUUAAGGGGGAUCAGCUACACCUGGGAGUGUGACUGGCUACCAGGAGUAUUUCUCAGCUGCAUGUGAUUGAUUCUCUGUAGUUUUUUUGCAAGCCAGAGCUCUGGAACUGGUUGUCUCAUGCUCUUCAUUUGCCAUCCUGCUCCACACCUUUUUCUGCCCUCCGUUCAUCCUUUUCAUAUUCAUUUUUAAAAUCUUACCACUUUUUUGACAUAUCUGUCAGCGUAAAACAUUUUUUUUUUUUUAACUUUAGGUCUUUCUUCAUCUAAUCAUGCCUCAAAGGCUAAAUUGAAACAACAUAUUUUAAUAAUUUUAUCUCAAAUAGUUUUAGUUUUAAAUGUCAAACUAGCAUUGACACACACUGAGAAAAUAAUAGUACAAAACAACACUGUAGUACUUAUCACUACCUGCAGGUGGUGCUCAUGUCUUUAGUAAAGUCUUCACUUCCUUUUCCAGCAGGUGGCAACACUCACAUUCCCACACCUGCACUUCCAAACUCCUGAAAUAACCAUUUUAUAUCCAACACGUGAGGAUGAUCCUGUGAAAAACAGCUUUGAUACUUCUCCUAGAAAGACACCAACUGUAGGGAAUCUGCUGCCUGCUAAACAUGAAUGAGUGAGUUAGUGAGUUUCAGGGAGGUUUUAUGAGUCACUUGUAUCUAAUUAAGAUAAAAACGCUGGCUGCAUCCUGUAUGAUUACUGUAAUAAAAGAGCAGAAGUUGCAUUAACUAAUCCCUUCCAAGAAUAUCCUCCUAGUCUAACCUCCAAAUGACCACACACCAAUCUUAGAUCCGGACCAAUCAUUACCCUCUGAUCGUUGGCAUCCUCACACAGGAUUGGCUGGACAGACCUGUCGGAAAAAAAAUCUGCAGCCAGUGUGUGGAAUUUAAAAAGAGUUAUUUAUAGUUGAAGAUAUUUCCUUACUUUCUGCUCAAUUCGCUGUAAUGACAGGGCUGAUGAUGGACUGGUUUUAUGGAUACUGCACGAGAUUCAGUCUGCUGCUUAACUUUACACAAACCAACCAACCACAGCAGCUGUCACUAGAGAGAUUUUCUCUUGUUUAAGACAUGAUGGAAAGUUUUUGUUUUCACUUGUUUCCAAAAUUUUGGUGUUUUCCCCUCACAUUUUUUUAUGCUUCCUUUCAGAGCUUGUCUUUCCUGAAGAAGUUGAACCUGGAUGACAACCAGCUCACCAGGGUUCCAGCUCUGCCUCCAUCUCUGGAAGAGCUUAAAAUGAACAAAAACAGGCUCACUGAACUCACUCCUAACUGUUUUAAAGGUAGGCUUUAGCGUCUAUAUCAUUAAAAGAGAGUUAUAUUGUAUAAAAGUGCUUCUAAUAUAAAAUAUAUACAUUUAUUUCUCUUCAGGAUUGGUAAACCUGCUGAAUCUAGAGCUGGAGGGGAAUAUUCUACAUGAGGGAAGUGUGUCUCCAUCAGCCUUCAGACCACUACAGAAACUUGUUGACCUCCAGCUGGACAACAAUCGCUUCCGCUCCCUCCCAGUGGGCCUUCCUCCUUCACUUCAGGUGCACUGAUAGCAUUUAAGUGGCAAAUUAGAUAACUAUUAGAACUAAUCCCUAAUCCAGACACUGAUUUAUGAUUUUACUUUCUUAAAGGAGCUUGAGAUGAAUGAAAAUCAGAUCAUGGAAUUGAGAUCAGAGGUACUGAGGGGCUGUGUUCAUUUGAGAGUGCUGGACCUGAGUCACAACCUGCUGCACGAGCACAGCAUCGAAUCUGACGCCUGGACCCACCUAAGGUAUGGUAAACCAUCCAUCCAUCCACCCAUCCAUACAUCCAUCCACUUUGCAAUUUUCCCAUCUUAUCACCACUUAAUUCAAUCAAUCAUCCAUGUAUUUUUUUCCCAACCAGUCCAUCCAUAGAUCCCUUUUUUUCAUCCAAUCAGCCAUUCACUACUAUAAAAAAAUAUAUUUAUAUUAUCCAAUCCCACUAUCUACCACAAGAGGGCGCACUGGAAUUGUUUGAAACUUGGCAGUAAUUUUCUCAUGUUUAGGCAGAUACAUGUCAAACAAGUGUGGUACAUUAUAGAUCUUAGAUAAGGAGUUGAUUUAUUAAGUGAGGGAUGAGAUUUUUAUCUAUAAAACCUCAUUUUUCUCUCGUCUAAAUCUGAUUCAUCCUCAAAAGUAAACCAAAAAUUCAUUAACUUAUUUGAUCUUUUCUUCCUUCUUAAAAUUUUAGCUUUAUAUUUGAACACAAAGGCAGAUUAAAUCUUUAACUUUCACUCUCUUGCUUUUUUCCUCUCUCUUUCUCUGUCUCUCUCUCUCUCUCACACACACACACACACUUGCACACACACAGCAUGCAUUACCAUAUCAAAAAAGUUAUGACAGCUGACUCUGUGUACGAAGAUGAGCAGGCGUGUGACGGACAGCUCGAGGGCAACUGUGUGCCUGCAUGUGUGUUUGUGUAACUGUCUGAUACGUGUGUGUGUGUGUGUCUGAGUGUGCAUUUGCGAGUGUGUGUUGUUUAAAUAUAGUGAAUUCCAGUGGGUUUUUCUUCGCUCCCUGGGAUCCUUGUGAACCACAGGGAGAGCUUCAGGGAAAACUGAGAAAUAGGAAACACUAAAGAAAGAGAGAGAGGCAGGAUAGGAAAGUGCAACCUGAGAGACUCUAGAUUGUAUCGUGAAACUGCAUAAUGACAUAAAAAGGUGUAAAUUGUAAAUAAUUGUGCACUAAUUUCAGAUAAGGAAAACUAACUCAGGUUGCACUCUCAGCCUUCUUUUGACCUCUGACCCCAAAGUAUUUGACUCCUGGCACCUGACCUCAUUAGCAGUGAGGGUAACUCUCUUCCCAUCAGCACAGCAGCAUUAUUAGCAGCUCUUGUAUUUAAAUAGCCCUCUUCAGCACUGCAUGGACACCAUACUGAGAACUAAUUCAACUUGAACUUAAGCCCAUGAACACGGUGGGAGCUGAACCCUUGAGGGCAGAGGUCUGAAACAAGACUCCUACCUGUAUUUGGAUAACAUGUUGGUCUGAAACCUUUUGUAAUUACAUCCACCUUGGCUUAGUCGUGGAGAAGAGAAACAACCAUGUAAAAUCUGCAGUGGUGUAUAGAGGGAUUGAUAAAAAUCGGAAAAACAGAAUUAAAAAGUAAAUUGCUCUGUAUUAGAAUGAACUUUGGUGUUCUGGUUCUGAUUAGGGGAAUGCCUCUGCUCCAUGUCAUGUAGUCAGAGCUAUUAGUGAGUCCAGAGGGAGUUUCACUGAUUGGAAGCUUCUGUGUCGAGGCUGGAGGUAGGUUACAAGGAGCCAGGGAGGGUGGUUUGGAUCUGGGCUCUGUCCAAGGCUGACCAGAGCGAUUGCCAGCUCCUUACCUCACAAUCUACCUCUAUGGUCAGUGUAACCGUUCCUUUUUAAAGACACUAUCAGCUCUAAUAUCCAGAUUUUUACCCGCUUUAUUGAUCCCAGAACUGGCUUUAAUACGUCUUCUUGUUUUUGUUAUUGCUUUCGAGUUUUGGACAGCACUUUAAGUAUUCUCAAAUGGUUACCAGUCAAGAUUGGAGGUUAUUAUAGUCAUCUAAGCACAAGAGCACUGUUUAUCGAUUGUUGCUUAACCCUAACCCUCUCCUGAAGGCAUAGCUACAGGAUGAAGAAAUGACUAGUUGAUCAGUUGUCUUGAACGGCAUGCAUGUAAAUGCCAACAUAUAUGCACACACAGUGAAGCUGUAUUAUGCAUUGUUAGAGAUAAAAUGAAUAAACUACGACAUGAAGAUACCGUGUAUAUAACAGGGCGACAGCAAUUAAGAUUCAAUUGAAAUAAUAUAACGGUAUUAUGCUGAUGGUGACAUGAUUAUUAUGAAUCACUUAAAACAAAGAUAUGAUGGAUCACUGCAGUUUGUUCUGACAACCCUUUCCUCUUAUGCUUCUUGAGCUACUUUUGCAAAAUUAAUACUUUUAAAAAGAUAUUGUAAAAAUUACAUUAUGGAUGCCUCUUAUCAGGGGGAGAGCAAGUUUUUGUCUUAAACCAUGGGUUCCUUUGAAGAAAUUACCCUCUUUAUCAUUUGAUCUUAAGAGAAGAUGUUGAAAAAAAGUGUCCUAAAAAUUGUUAUAUAUAAUUAUCAUUUUCUAUUUUCACUGCGUCAAAUCUAUUCACCAACUUUAUUUCAGUUCAUAAACAAUAAAAAAAAAAAAACGUGUAGAUUGGUUAAGCUUUAACCUUUUGCAUAUGCAUUUUUGUACUCUAUAUCUGUUUACGUACUCUAAAUAGCUGAUAUAGUCAUAAAAAAAGACCAAAACUUUUGUACCAAAAACUUAUAAAAAUUGCAAGAGGGUAUUAUUGUUUAUGAUAUAAAAACACUCUGGACUUUGCAUGACUAGCAAUUUACUGACUGACAUAGGAUAAAAAAUAAAUAAAAACAGUUGUUGUGGGUUUAAUUGUCAUCGUAAAAAGCAUAAUGGGUUGCUCGUGGUUAUUUUUAACUUACAAAGCACUCAAAGCCUGAUGUAAGAGAUGGAGUCCAAAUUUCAAAUUUUGUGUAAAAACGGCUCAUUUCCACCAAAUGGCAUGCCAUUUUGAUCAUCGAUGAAAAAAACACACUUUAAAAAUAAAUAUGGACUGAUUUAGAAAUAAGGAUUAAAAGUAACAGCUGUUCAGAUAGAAGGCAUAUAAGCACACAUGUACUUUUGAAGGACCUGUCAGCUCAAAUCACAUCCUUAAAUGCCUCCAAAUCCCUUCUUCCUGCAGUCGAUCAAAACUUAAAAGUUAGUGCAUCUGACAGAGUAAGACAAGUUUAAAAUCACUCCCACAGAUCACAGCUAUAAUAACCAUAACUCAUCCCAAAAGUCCCAAACAAUAAUGAUUUAAGAGUAAUCUGCUUUCUAUUGCGGUUUUAUAAAGUGUCAUCGAACAUUUUAUUGGGAACAGGAUCAUUAUCUGGACUGUGCAGGAAGAAUUGCCUAACACACAACAGGGUGUUCUGCAGCUUAAGGCAAUAAAUACAUUUUCCAGAAAAGUUACAUGUGGAGUGCUAAGUCAAAACAAAGUAUUGUCUUGUUUAACUUGAUCGAAUGAGCCCAGAAUGAUUUUGUAAUUCUAUUGCAUAAAUAGGAAAACAAGUACACUUUAUCAAUGCACAAAAACACAACAGCUGUGUUAAAGUGUUACAGAUGUCAAAAGACAAUUUUCAUUUUAUUUGUCACUGAAUGUAUGAAGAAGAAUUGAUAGUGCAUAUACACGCAAACACUUACACUGUAUAUGAUAUGAUAGUGUAUUCACACAUGCUCCCCUUCUGUCAAUAAUUAGAGUCAUAUUCUGUGUUUAAGUGAAUCCAAAUGUGCCUCAGUCUGGUUUCAGCAGAUGUGACAAACGGCUCGAAACGCUACCAGAAAUCAGCUGUGCACAGAAGCAUGCAAGUUACUGACAUUUGCAGUUUAAAGCCAUGUGCUGCCAUCAUCCAUCCAUCCAUCAUUGUGAGUCUGAUUUUAAGUCUGUCAGGCCUGCUGGUCACAGCUGCCCUGCCUGGCUGCAUUAUAUAUCCUGGUUAGAUGGCUAGAGUUUGAAAGCCAGAUUUUUUUUUUUUCCUCUCUUUGCAUGGGCAGGGCUGACUGAGCGCAGUUUGACAGUAUAUAUUUAAGUAUAGCACUUCUGUACUUGUGCUUCUGCAUCUGAAUGUGGCAGGGAGUGUAAGAAACUCCCUUCUGUGUGCUGGUUCUCAUUAUAACCAAACACCCAGAGGAAGAACAGGCCUCCAGACUGAUUUCUCCUGGCUAUGUUUGCAGAAAAACUUGGACACACACAUUUGUGCACACUCACACAUUUGUUUUUUUUUGUAAUUACUGACAAAGCCACUCUGUAAGUGCUUACAAAAUUGAACGGUUACUCAAUCUAGUGUUUGAAUAUAAUGAUCGGGUAUCUAAUGAGAAUCAACCAAAUCAGAAUCACACACUCAUGUUCAAAGAUUUGUUUUCUUGGUUUUGCAUCUUUAUUCAUUCGUCUCCUUUUCUGCGUCUUCUCAUCAUGUCCUAAUAUCAAAGCGUGUGUACGUGUUAGUGUAUGUGUAUUUGUCUAGGUGCCAGUGGGUGGAGGGAGGAAGACUCGGAGAAGAGAAGACUGUGUGUCCCUCCGCUCAUUAAUACCAUGUGGAGCUCCAAGCAGCGGCGGACUGCUGCUGAGCUUCCUGGCAAAGAUUUAGAAUACAAAUUAGCAGUGCACAACUGGUCUGAACUGGAACGCAGAAAUGUGACGUAAACAUAUGAGGGAUCAACUAUUACAACUGAGAAACCAUAUUUUCAUAGUAGUCUGUGACUGGCAUAGUUAACACAGGAUAAAAAUUAAAGCCUGCCAUGGGUUGAACCCACGUGCUUUAGUGAUGUAUAGUGCCCAGUGUAAGUCAGUACACCCCUUUUAAAAGUAGAGUAUUUCUCAAUAUCUAGAUGAGCAAAAGUACAAUUUCCAAAGUUUUGACAAAGCUGGGUUGACAAAACAUUUUUUUUUUUGCCAUAAGAUAAUAAUAGGAAGAUAUGGUAACUACAAUUUAGCUUUACUCCCAGAAAUUUAAUUGGCGUCUACUCAUUUUUGCAUCCUGAUUUUAAAUUGAAAAAGAAAAAAAAAAAAUUUUUUGUUUGCAACUUCAAAAAUCUUGUUUGCAAUCAAUGGCCCUCACUUUGGGUAGUAUUUUGUUGUGUAGUCUGACAUAGAAAAUGUUGAUUUUGAAAGGAAACUAAAGGUUUUCUGACAUUUCUAAAGGGGUGUACUCAUUUAUGCUGAGCACUGUAUGUCAAUAAUUAGUACUAUGAAAAAGACGAUUUCACCUGAUCAAACAGGCCGGAGGAGUCAGCCCACCCGAUCCCUGGGCCCGGCUUCGGAUAGCUGAGGCCUCUGGAGAGGUUGGAGGACGCUGCCUCGGUUGUGCUGGGCAGGUGAGUAUUGGCGCUCACUUUGCUUUGUACAACCUCCUGAUGGCGCCCUGUUGUAGUGUGAGCAUGGCCAUCCGCUUGCAGAGCUUCUGGACCCGGACCUCAUUGGCAGGGAGCUCACCAUUGGUGGUGAACUGCACAUAUCCCAAUUUGGGGUUAUUGGUUAUUGGAGGCAGGCCAAGCCCCCUAUGGUCUACCCAGAGCAACAGUUACACAUACAUUUUAGAUAUAAAAUGUUAUUUUAUCUCUAAAAUAUAUCUAUUAUUUUUACAAACGUAGCACUUGCGCAUCAGCUUCUUUUCUCCAGACCAGAGGCUUUCACUUGGGUGUUCCUCCUAACUUGGGAGAUAUCCGAACUAUACCCGAAGCUUAAUGAUGUUGUAGACUGUGUAUAGCAAAAACCACUGAAUGCUCAGUGAUUUUGGUAAAACACAAAUUGUUACUAUUCAGCCAUUCAUGUGGGUGAUAAGCCAGCUGUUCAGUGACCAAAUACAGAUGUGUAUUGACGCAGUUCUGGAUAAACUGCACAUAUCACAAUAUGGGAAUACUAGGAUAUGUCAUAGCUGAAUCGUUUUCCACAGAGAAAGGGAAAGAAAGAAAGAAAAAAGACAGAAAAACCUAAUUUAAAAGCACCGGGAGCAUCACCACCAAAGGUGAGCUUCCUGCCGAUGAGGUCCGGGUCUAGAACCCCUGUGAGUGGAUGGCCAUGCUCACACUACAACAGGGCACCGACAGGAGGUUGUGUCUAGCAAUGUGAGCGCCAAUACUCACCUGAUCCACACAACCUCCUCCAAGACAUUUUGGACUCCUCUGCCUGUUAUUCUGCCUUAGUGUGUGCCGAACCUGGACUCUUAAUAAACAUAUCUUUGCCUUCUGCAACCUCGGGUCUGCAUUUGAGUCUGUAACCACAGUCAGUUCCUGACAAAGAGUUGAUGCAGAGGUCUCUCUGUAAGUCACUUCGAGCAGAAAUGUUGAUAUACUGAACUUCAGUCAGACAGAUACCAGGCCCAGGUCUCCCUCUUUCCGCUCUCUUUCUCCCCACUGGUCCCUGUUUCCCUCUACUGUGUGGUCAUCGGUCUGGGCCCAUUUGGUGCGAAGUGGGUUCUGUGAAUGGCGGCAGGACAGGAAAUGAGGUUCUCCUCCUGCUGGGAGCAGUUCUGUAAACUCACAACAGCUGUGCAGGAUUUUCUAACAAAAACACUGAAGCCCUGUAUGACAUUUUUGCUUUAGAGCCCCCCAAAAUAUAGCGCUCAUUCUACGUCCGUCUGUUCUGUCUGUGAGACAAAAAUGUUCAUCCUCCUCACCAAUCAUGCAUACAUUUUCCUUCAAACUGCUUUACUCUCGUACCUCCCAGGCCCCAUUACUUUCCCCCUCCUGCUGCUGCCCAUGAACCCCCCACAGUCUAACCUCACACUCUGCAUGCCUUCCUCCCCAACAGCGCUUUGUAGGAGUCCAGUAACUAUAAAACUGGAGAUCUGCAGGGAAAAGCCUUGGAAUAGGAGAGGAAAUAAGCAUCCAUCAUUGUAUUAAAUCUAGAGCCCUGUAAAACAUCAGCACAGUUAACACGCUGAUAUUUUACAGCUUUACCAUAUUUGAAAUGAGGAGGCUGACACGUCUUCAAGUCAACAUUUGUCCUCAGUUAAGGCCGAUGGGAAUGGACCUUUAUUCAUUUAUAUAUUUUAGUCAUUUUGCCAUGAAGCAAAUAAUAGGACAAAGUAAGGGGAUCAGUGGGGUCUACAGGAGACUUUGUCUUUAAGGCAUGUUUGACCCAAGGUAUUAGCCAGACCUUCUAAUAGAUGAUCGACAUAAUAAGUAAAAAUAUUGAUCCUCCAGUUCAGGAGUGCAGACUAGAGAAUAAAAAACAUCUUCUGAAUAAAUAGUAAUUUGACCUUUUUAUUUAUUUAUUUAUUUUUAAUUUAAUUUAUUAAUUAAUUAAUUUAUUUAUUUGAGUGAUGUUUUUGUGCACUUUUCCUUUAAUAGAUAAGACAGCUCUAUAGAGAUAGGGGAUGUGGGGGAAGACAUGCAGCAAAGGAUCAUGCCCAUAGUCUCUACAUGUGGAGCACUAUAAGUCACACCAUUACUAGAUGUCUUCAUUAAUAGAGAAACCCCCACACCUUUUUUUAAACAUAUUUUUAACUCCUAAGUUUCUUCAUUCUUGAGUUUCUCUUUUGUAUUUAUCACUGCUGUAAAUUUUGGAAUUUCCCACUUCCCAAUUUUAUUUCCCACCCACUUUGCAGAUUUUUGACCAGGGUUUUUGACCAGCUUGAGCAAGCGCUGAUCUUUUGGUUCUGUAGGAAAAUCACUGGAUUAUCAAAGUUAUGGGGACCUUCUUGGAGAGGUUUCAUGGUCUUCUAUCAAAGCAUUUUUGAGAUCUGGACCAAAAUGGGCAUCCCAUCAACAGUAUCCUGGUUCACCUUCUUGUAGAUACCUGACUUAAAUUUAUCAUCUUGUUUCUUUCAGGUCUCUUGAAGCCUUGGACCUGUCCCACAACCAGUUCACCUCUGUCCCAGCGUAUCUCCCUCGACCCCUCCGUAAACUGGACCUUCAACAUAACAGCAUCAGUCUCAUCCCGGCCCUCGCCUUCCGUCACCUGAAGCCCGGCCUGCAGUCGCUUCGUCUAUCACAUAAUGUCUUGAGCAAUGAGGGGGCAGAGAGGGCCUCUUUUGUUGGGACAUACCGGUCGCUGAGUGAGCUCUUCCUUGACAACAAUCGACUGAAGGAGGUUCCUCGAAGUGUUCGGCAGUUUAAGAAUUUGCAGGUGCUCAGACUGGACAACAACCAGAUCAGGUAGGUACAUUUGUAUGAUCAGCAAGCACACAGAGAUAAGUCUUCAUUUAAUGGUCUUUGUAUGUUGUGUUUGCAGGUUCGUGAGACAGUGGGGGGUUUGCCAUCCUAAGAACACGGGCUCCGCUCUGGCUUCAGUCCACUUGGAGAACAAUCUCUUGGCGGUGGAGAGGAUUCCCUCCAACGCUUUCUCCUGUCUUAUCGAUGCUCAAGGACUAGUCCUCUAUCCACAGCAGCAGCAUUCAUAGAGCAGAAAGACCACAUUGUGGGACAGACAUACAUGAGCAGACUCAUACCCACAGAACACACAUGUGUAUCACCAUGACAUAUACAGCUACUUAUUUCUGUCUGGGGUUUUUCCAUAUCAUGUAGUUUACUUUAGUCAGUCAGACAGACUGUCAGUCAUUUUAUCGACUUCAAACCACCAAAAACUUUCAUUUCUUGUUUUUAAUGUAGGAAUUUAAAUAUCUUUUUGCUUCUGAGACUCUUUGAAGUUGAAAAGAAAUUUACAUUUUGCAGCUUUAACGGUCCAGAUCAUUUGCAGGGCUUGCAUAAGGAGAGGUGGAAAAAGGAAAAUCAAAUACAACAGGGAUACCAAGAGGGUCAUGAAGCAGUCAAAUCUUUGCCCUGCAGCCUGGGGUCUGUGUGCGAGAGUGAAAAUGUCUGGUGUGAACACAGUGUGAACAUAAGGGGCCCAUUAGGAAGGAAAACAUAAACAUCUCGCAGGUUUUCUAUCACCAGACCAGUUCCAACAUAAACAUCCACCACCAGCCACGCAGCAAAAAACAUUCAGAGUCACUCUAACUGUAUGCAAAAGGUGAUGUCAGUCUCUGUAGGGUUGUGUACCCUGGUUCGGUUGCAGGUAUUAGUGUGUGUGUGAGGAGUGGGGCACCCAUUAUUUGUAUUAGCAGCUGAAAAAACAGAAAAAAUGGAAGGAACAUGUUAACUAGGGACGUAACAGAAGCUGACUUUCAAGAUACAGUAGAGAGAUUGUUCUAGAAAGAGUCUUAGGUGGUCAGUGAAAGACGAUAGGAGCUGGAGUUCAUGACCAUGUGGCUAAAAGGAGUUUUAAAACAGAGGAGGGAGAGUGGCAGAGAGCUGGGGCACAUUUCAGCGCUUUUCCGGGAUCUAAAGCCACGGGAGCUCUGGUGUCCUUCCAACCUCACAGACAGUGACUUCCAGGAUUUUAAUGUUCUCUUUUUUCUCUCCUUCUCCCCCUUUAUCUCAAAGUCCAUCUCCUGCUGUUUGUCGGUCUCCUUAAGCUCUUUUCUCUCUCAUCUCCUCCUGCACAUGUAAGCUCAAAAAACACAACAAUACCCCAUUCUGCUGUCUCCACAUCUCCACAAUCUCAGCCCUUUUGGAGAUGCUUUAAAGACUGUGACGUGAAUAAAACAGCCUUGCUCAGAACAUUUCUGGGCUGGGGACCCAUAAAGUGAUGUUGGUGAGAGCAGCCGGAGGAAAAAGCACAAACCCAGUUGCACUCUGUUUUUGUUUUCUGCAAGG